CUGAACUCUUACCUCACUGUCACCCAGAGCUGUAGUUGCAGAUUGACAUCAUAAAACUGAUUAUAUUUUCAGUUAAUAUUCAAUUUUUAUUGUUGGAUCAAUUUUAUGAUUUCAUCUUGUAUUUCACUCAUAUAAGAAAAAAAAGAUGUAUUACAGUGCCUUGUUCUUUGAAUAAGAUCUCGGAUUGGUUUGAACUCUGCUGACCAUGAGAAAAGAUAAAUGGCUCGAGCACUUUCGAGAAAGUUGAAGAAUAAUGGUAAAUACUCAGAGCAAUACAGAGAAAGAAGGAGAAAAAACAAUGAGGCUGUGAGAAAAACUAGAGCUAAGGAAAGGACAAAAAGAGAAAAAAUACCAGCUGAUAUAAUCAAUUUAGUUAAGGAGAACUACUUCCUUGCUGGACAAAUUAAAGUCAAUCUGAAAAAUCUUAAUGACUACCUUCAAAAUGCAGAUAUGGAAUGCUUAAGACAAAGUGAAGAAUUUGAUAUCGACAAAUUAUUACGUGAUUCGGAUUCAAUCUUGGUCAAAUAUAAACCCUCUUCAGCCUAGACACUAUAUAAAAACAAUAUCAAGCCAGUUUAAUUCUGAGAUGACUGGAGGAGUGUACAGCUAAAGAUUUUAUUUCACUGAUCACUGAACUUGCUCUUUUAUUUCUGUGCUUUAAA